AUGCCAACCAAAUCGUGCCCCAAGCGAAAAUUGACUCCAAAAAAGUUACUUGUAAGCGUUUGGUGGACUAGUGCCGGCGUCGUUCAUUACAGUUUUCUUAAAUCUGGCCAGACGAUUACGACAGACGUCUAUUAUCAGCAAUUGCAAACCAUGCUGGAAAAACUAGCUGUUAAACUACCGACGCUGGUCAAUCGCUCUACGCCACUGCUACUUCACGACAACGCUAGACCACACACUGCACAACAGACGGCUACCAAAUUAGAAGAUCUUCAAUUGGAAUAUCUAAGACAUCCACCAUACUCCCCGGACCUUGCUCCAACAGAUAACCAUUUUUUUCGAAAUUUGGAUAACUUCUUGCAAGGGAAAAAAUUCAACUCCGAUGGGGCAGUGCAAAUCGCCUUCAAAGAUUUUAUUGAUUCCCGUCCGAAUGAUUUUUUUUAUGUUCAUUUCCGUGAUUUGACGGUGUACGUCGGUAUGCAUGAUCGAUUGGAGAAUUCUUUUAUAACUCUGCGAGUUGUGAACGGAAUAAAACAUCCGCAAUUCACUUCAAACGCUGUGCGGGAUAUCAACGACAUCGCGGUUCUCACUCUAAACAAGAAACUCAAGUUUACAGAAAAAGUUCGCCCAAUCUGCUUACCUAAUCAAGUUAUGGACUUUAAAAAUGUACCACUUACGGUGGCUGGUUGGGGGAAGACGAGGCAAGGUGCACUGACGUCAUCCAGAUAUUUACUAGAGACUAAAGUUCAAAUCGUGGAUUCAGAUAAAUGUCGGAAGUCAUCAAUAUACAGGGAUAACCUCGUCCCCGACACAAUGAUGUGCGCUUACAGUCUAGGGAAGGAUGCAUGUCAGGGCGAUAGUGGUGGACCACUAUUUUCAACUCAUCGUAUAACACAUAACAAAAAAUGGUAUCAAGUGGGUAUUGUAUCGUGGGGAAUUGAUUGUGCGAUGCCAGACUAUCCCGGUAAAUAUUACUAA